AAUACAAUAAAAAGCCAAAAUUUCCAUUUUUUUAAAAAGAAAUUAAAGCCAUAGCCUAUCGACCUUUAUAUAGUCUAUCUUUGUUCACCCCACACAUUUUUAACGGCUAGCCAAGGCGGUCGUUUUUCUAAACCCGCCAUGGCAGCCUAUUUUUGUUUCCAUCAUUCUUCACCAAAAGUCUAAUUAUUUUAACUAAUUGUACGAUUUGUAUUAUCAUUGUGAUAUUGUUUUUGUUAAAGAUUAACUUUCCCUGUAUGUGAAAAGUCGAAUAUCUUGAUCUGACUAUUCAACAUGGGGGAGGUUAAUACUAGUCAUGCGGACCAGGAGAAACAUUUAUCAUCACCAUCGUCGUCUUCGAGUGAAUUAUCAGAGUGCGAGGAGUUACAGCGUUUAGAAGAGGCACCACCCUUUUGGAGGAACCCUAAUAAGAGGUUAUCGAAGCAACUUUCCAUGUGUGAGAUUCCACGUGACAUUGCAUGGGAGAAACGACGUCGUCAAUUUCUCUAUCAAGAGAGGAAAAAGAAUAUAAUUGGGAUUCAAGAUCAUGACGAUGUGACCGACGAGGACCUCAACGAACUCAAAGGUUGCAUAGAAUUAGGGUUUGGAUUUAAUGAAGAAGAAGGGCAGAGGCUUUGUGGCACGUUGCCGGCGCUAGAUCUUUAUUUUGCAGUGAAUCGCCAGUAUUCAACGAGCCCUAUAUCUUCACCAGGUAGCCAUAAAGGUUCCUUAUCCUCUCCAGGUUCAUCAACUUCUCUUGGACUUGGAGGUAGAUCCUCGUCAUUUGGAAGCCCUAGGAGUGAUCCUGCUGAUGCAUGGAAGAUUUGUAGCCCAGGUGAUGAUCCUCAACAAGUUAAGACAAAGUUGAGGCAUUGGGCACAGGCAGUGGCUUGUUCUGUCAAGCAGUCUUAUUAAAGGGUUGGAGAUCUUUGGACUAUAUAUUAGUAGAAAAUAUAGUCAAAACUGACCUGGUGUCUAAUUUCAAGAACUAGAAAUUUUCUUCUUUUCGUCUUGAGUCAAUUAAUGGCAGUACUGCACCUUUCUGCUGGUUUGUGUAUCAAGGCAAGGAGUGAAGAAGUAGCUUCAUUGGUUUGAAGAGAUCAACUUCUUCUAAUUUUUCAAUAGACGACAUUAAUUUUUCUAGCAGCUUUUCGAUUCCCACCAAAAUUUGGGUUUUGAUUCCCAAUAUGUAUAUUUCAAACAAUUUUAGUUUUUUUGUUUGACUUUGGAACAUUUUGUUUUGGGGACUAAGAUCAGGGCAAUGAUAUGGAAGCUCUAAAUUUUUAGAGCACUUCUUAUGUAAAUAUAUAAUAUCUUAUGGGUUUUAACUGGCUAUUAUAUGAAGUCAAAGUGCUGCUUUUACUAAUGA